GCUCUCCCUGCCGCGGCAGCCAUGGCAGGGGGCUCCGAGAAGGUGCCCAUCGCCCGAGCGGGGCCCGACGAUGUGGAGCUGUGCCUGCCCCCCGCGUACGCGCCCCCCGCGCCCGGGCGGCUGCUGAAGGCCGGGGCCGCCGUGCUGAUCGCCGGGGCGCUGCUGCUGCUGGCCGGGGCCAUCGGCGCCUUCUACUUCUGGAAAGCCACGGAGCGGCAGGUGUACAACGUUCACUAUACUAUGAGCAUUAAUGGAAAAGUACAAGAUGGAUCAAUGGAAAUAGAUGCUGGAAACAACUUAGAGACAUUCAAAACAGGAAGUGGGAGUGAAGAGGCUGUUGAAGUCCAUGAUUUUCAGAUCGGCAUAACUGGGAUCCGUUUUGCUGAAGGAGAAAAGUGUUACAUCAAAGCUCAGCCGAAAGCUCACAUCCCUGAAGUUGAUGCUAUGGCUAAAGCAAGCCUCUCAUCUGAGCUGGAAGAUGAAAUCAUGCCUGUGAGAUUUGACAAAAACUCCCUUAUCUGGGUGGCUGCAGAUGAGCCUAUCAAGCAUAACAGCUUCCUAAGCCCCAAAAUUUUAGAGCUUUGCAGGGAUCUUCCAAUUUUCUGGCUGCGACCAACAUAUCCCAAAGAUAACCAGUGGAGAGAGAUGAAGAGAAACAAGCGCCAAUCAGGAUCAAACUUUGAUGAGGAAGACUUGGAAGCUGCUUCUGAAGAAGUAAACCCCAGGUCACACAAUGUGCAGCUGACUCAAGAGUUUGGCCACCAGGCUAAUGAAACCAGGCCAAUGGGACAAGAAACUGAUCAAGCAUUUAAUCCAGACAACCCAUACAAUCAGCUGGAAGGUGAAGGGAUGGCUUUUGACCCCAUGCUGGAUCACCUGGGCGUGUGCUGCAUCGAGUGCCGGCGAAGUUACACGCAGUGCCAGCGGAUCUGCGAGCCCCUCAUGGGCUACCAGCCCUGGCCGUACAACUACCAGGGCUGCCGCACCGCCUGCCGCAUCAUCAUGCCCUGCAGCUGGUGGGUUGCUCGGAUCAUGGGCGUUGUGUGACAAAACCCCUUGACAAAAAAAAAAAAACCAACAAAAAAACAAAAAAACCCCCAAAACUGGAGCCUUGACAAAAUAAGCAGGAAUACAAUGAACUGGUAAAAGACUACAAC